UACUUCCGUACCCCACAGCCUCGUUUUGGUUUAAAGGAAGUGACGUGGGUGAAUAAGGCGAAUUGUCAUCUAAAGAAUACGACCAACAUUUCCCAGCAUCAAAUAUAGACAAAACCAAACAUAUCUGUAGUGUAUUUGUUACUCAACACGACAUCAUUACCGCUUUCAAACUUCGUAUCGCCAAACACAGAAACAACCUCUUCUAACGUAAAAAGUUGAGGCCGCUUUGCUGCUUGCGUUUCGAGUAAAUCAAUUGUUUGAGGAGAUUAACCUGUCUAUGUACAUUUCAUCUGCUAAUAUAUUUUUUUCUAAUUUACCAAGGUGCACUGUGUACCUAGGCAGACCUUGGCGGACAGGCUGAGCGGCCGGGUGACCCAUGGCAGUCGCAGUGGACCCCCGACAGUAAAAUUCUUUAGUACGGUACUGUCGCUACUGUGCCAGCCAUGGGUUCCCUUUUACCAGACAAAGGCUGAUGUCUUAUGCCGAUAAAAUACACAGAUUUCGGCACCCAGGGGAGACACUCCCAUCACUGGGGAAGAAGUGGUGGGAAAUGUUCAGGAGGAGGCACUGGAACUUAAGCAUGAGGAGGCCAGACAGCCUGGAAAAAGGGCAAGCUGAGUCUGCCAAACGUUGGACGAUGGAUAGCUUCUUUAUAACAUAUGAGAAGAUUCUGGAGGAGAGCGGGUUGAGGGAGAAACCCAGACAAAUCUACAACUGUGGUGAGUCUAGGUUUCGUAGCGACCAGAGCAAGCACCUGGUUCCCCGGGGCACAAAACAUGUGUACCAGCAGGCCCCAGGGACCAGGGAACACAUAACUGUACUGGCCUGUCUGAAUGCAGCUGGGGAGGAUGUCCCCCCAUUCAUCAUCUACCCCAAGUGUUUCCCUGGUGGGCACUACACACAGGGAGGCCCCCCACAAGCUUUGUAUGGAGAGUCAUCAACUGGAUACAUCGAUGGGGGCCUGUUCAGGAAGUGGUUUCAGCACUUUUUACAUCAUGCAGUAAAGGAGCGCCCUCUCCUUCUAGUCUUCGAUGGACACAAGAGCCACAUGGACCUGGAGGUGCUCGCGGCGGCACAAAGGGAAGGAGUCAUACUUCUUUGCCUUCCACCACACAGCACCGAUGUCCUGCAGCCACUGGACGUGGCAUGCUUUGGCCCUUUGAAAGCUGAGUUCUCCAAGGUAGCUGGGGACCUCAGCCAAUUCGAUAAUUCUUACAUUGUAAACAAAUUUGAAUUUGCCAGAGUAUUCCGCUACCCGUACCAGCGGUGCAAGGACAUGCGCUUUGCAGUGGAAGGUUUUAAGAAGUGUGGCCUAUUCCCUUUUUUGAUGACGUCUAAGUCACUGCUGGGUCCCAGCAGCACCUCCUCUCCGGCAACCACAGGGGGACCCUCCGCCCCAGGUCCAACAUCCCUCCCUACCUCCCUUGCUGCCCCAGCCUCUUCCCUAAAUGUAGAUGAGCACACCCUAUUAGAGGGGGGGCUGAUAGCAAAGGACCUGGGGUACAUUCUCACCACCUUGAGGUAUCAGCCAUACCGAUACCGGAGAUCCCCUGUGGUUGCCACAUGCCUCACCAGGGAGGACUACACACGCCAGUGGCAGGAGAGGUGUGUGAAUGAGAGGGCUGAAGCAGAGGAGACAGAGCGCUGUGCAGCCCUCAGAAGACCGAAGGCACAGGAGAGGGCUGCCAUGGAAGAGACCAUCAAUACCAUCGCUUAUGCUGGACCCUUUGCUGCUGCUGACACCACUCCUGACAGCGGCAUCGCCAGAACCUCUCAGUGUCUAACACCUGUAGGACCUCCCAGGGCCCCCAGCUGCAGAAAUAGGCUAAGUGCCUGCUCUCCCGGCCAUUUCAUCGUCCCCCCCUCAUCCCCACCACUACCAACACCUGCUCCUCCAGCCCAUCGUCGACGGUUUCUUCCACCAUCAAGACGCACACCAACCCCCCUGUCCAUUUCCACCAAAAUGGCUUCCUCUGCACCAUCUUCCUUCUCGGUCUCCCCUGGUCAUACAGCCUCGUCUAGUGUCCCUGCCCCCAGUAAAAAAACAACCUCCAGAAGUAAACAAGCUCAACUAGGCAGGCCACAGAACUCCUCCAAAGCUCCACCAGCCAUCUCAGUCACACCACCCAUGGCACCACCCUCAGAUGAUGGUAUGGCCUUCUGCUGCCAUUGCGGGAAGCAAAAUCCACCUGCAAGCUCCCCACACAAGCAACUGCUCAAGGUGACAUGGGUGUGCUGUGACGUCUGUGGAAAGUUGUUCCAUUGUCAGUGUGUACAGCAGGACCCAGAGGUGGCUCUAGAGCUGGGUUUUCUUUGUUCUUUUUGUGACAUUAUUGUGCUGAAUGUUGAGAUUUAGUUGUUUUUGUUUGUAUUUAUUUGAUAAAAUAUAUAUUAUUAAACCUAUGACUUGCAUAUUUCUUCACUAACCUUUUAUUUCUCCAACUUUCCAAAGUGCAUCACUGCAAUACCUUUAGUGUUGUCUAUGCUAAUCUGCAUCACUAAACAUUAUUUUAUG